AUGGCUUCCAGAUCGGCUCAAUCGAAGUUGUCUUUGAAAGUUCAUCCGGAUAAGAACAAGGCACCUGGUUCAGAGGAGGCGUUUAAGAAAGUUUCCAAAGCGUUUACGUGUUUGAGUGAUGGUAACUCGAGGAGCCAGUAUGAUCAGGUUGGGUUUGUUGAUGAGUUUGAUCAUGUUCAGAGGCGGAAUCGUAGGCCCAGGAGGAGAUAUAACACGCGGAAUGGUUUCUUUGAUGAUGAGUUUGAUCCCGAUGAGAUAUUCAGGUCGUUUUUUGGUCAACAACAACAACGAAACAUGUUCCGUGCUUCCCAUGCUUAUAGGACUAGACAAGCGCGUAACCAACCCCGACAGGAGGAGCCUAGUUUGGCUGGACCAAGCUGUUUGACGAUUAUUCAGAUUCUACCAUUCUUUCUACUUUUGUUGCUGGCGUAUCUACCCUUUUCUGAACCCGAGUAUUCUCUGCACAAGAGCACUUCUUAUCAGAUACCAAAGACAACACAGAAUAUGGAGAUUAGCUUUUUUGUUAGAUCAUCAUCAGCCUUUGAUGAGAAGUUUCCGCUCGGUAGCUCUGCUCGAGCUAACCUUGAGGGCAACGUGAUCAAAGAGUGCAAACACUUUCUUUUCCAGUCUUGUCGCAUGGAGCUCCAAAAACGCCGGUGGAACAAGAAGAUACCAACCCCUCACUGCAUUGAACUUCAAGAUCGCGGAUUUGUUGAUAGGCAAAUACCGAUAUGAUACCCGCCGAGGGCUGUCCAACAUUCCCUGAAGACAGCCUGAUCUUGAUGUUACAGAGGUUCCUGGGCUGAACGUAUAAACUGUAAUGUGUAGGGAGGAUAACAAUAAUAUUUCCUUUUUUUUGUCGCAUAUAGAGUUGAAGAUGAUAAUUCCUUGGAGAAUAUUGAGAACAACAAAGAAGAAAUGCUCAUAACAGAGGUACCUGUUGCAUACUCA